AUGGAUUCUGAUCUCUAUCCCCACCGAGGUUUCAUGCUGGAUACAGGCCGGAAGUUCUUCCCUGUUCAAGCUAUCCUCGAUCUGCUGGUUGUGCUCCACCAAUAUAACUUCAAUGUCUUCCACUGGCAUAUAUACGAUGCAGAAAGCUUUCCGUUAUGGUGGCCGGCAGAUGGUGGUUUAACGAAAGCGAGCAUGGAGUAUCAUCAUACUUCCAAUUCCUACACUCCUGAGGAUAUUCAGAGUGUAAUUUCACACGCACAGAGUCUGGGCAUUCUUGUCUACCCAGAGACAGACAUGCCUGGUCAUAGUGACAUAUGGGGAAUAUGGAAGAAAGAUUUAGUAGUAGGCAUGCCAGACCCGAAAAGGCCGAUGGCUCAACUUGAUAUCAGGCCACAUCGACACGACAUGUACAACUAUAUAGUUGAUCUGGUUGCCAGAGUGGACAGAUAUUUCGGAUCUCCCCUACAUCACUUUGGUGCCGAUGAAGUGGCGUAUGUCUGGGAGACUGAAGAUGACAAUAAGUUAUUCGAAACAUUCCUGAACUGGCUGAAACAACUUCGCCCCAACAAAUCACUGAUCAUGUGGGACGAUCCUCUUACUGACGAGGAAAAGAAUAUAAACAUCUCUAAAGAUUGGAUCAUACAAACCUGGCAUGACGGUCGUACUCAAGACGUUCUCAACAAGGGUCACCGGGUUAUCAUCUCCGAAAGCAACACAUUCUACAUUGGAAACAGCGACUACGGCAAGGUGUCCUCGUUUGUAUUUCCAAAGCAUGCAAACGUCAUCGGUUUCGAGAUUGCCUGGUUCACGUCGGAUGGCGAUGAUCCAUAUGACUUCCAUAAAGGUUGGGUCAUAGAACCGCUCAAAGCUGCGUCGGAAAUUCGAAGGCAGUGA